AAGAACCGUUCUAAAGACUCAGAUCGUUCGUGAACGACGCGUCGUUCGAGCGCACUGUAGAGUUAAUUUGAGGACGUGAAGGGCGUCCUGGCGCUCAAUAUGUCGGCAUUUUACCCCGUUGGUGACGUUUAUAAGAGUGUACGCAUCAAGUGGUGACUCGGCAAAGAAGUGUACACAUCGAGUGGUGACUCGGCAAAGAAGUGUACACAUCAAGUGGUGACUCGGCAAAGAAUUGUCCGCAUCAAGUGGUGACUCGGCAAGAUGGAGAAAGACCGUCGCUUCAACUUCAAACUUCUUGUGCCGCCCAGAGUGAAGACAAACCAGGUGUCUGCCGUCAAACCACAAGAAAGUGUGGACAAUGGAGCCGAGCUGGCAGCCAGUAAAUAUUUUGCCCAAGACCAAAACACGCCUUUCCUCAAUAAAAGUGUGGUUGCACCGACUAAAGCAAGCAGACAAGAGUCCAUCAAGAUGCAAGUUGCCCCAAGAGAAAAAGAGAGUGAAUGUAGUCCUGUGCAGCUGUAUUCCAUAAUGUUUGACGAAGUGGAGAAAAUCCAGUGCUGGAAAGCCAAAGUGGACUGUGACGCUGUGCAAAGCGAGAGGAAACUUCAAGAGAACAAACGAACAAUUGAGAGUCAGCGCAAAGCCAUUAAAGAGCUGCAGCUUCAAAGUGAAAGUAUCAGCAUCAAGCUUGAAGAGCAGAUGAGUGAAAAUGAGGAUUUGAGGAACAAAAACAAUGCAACCCGCAACUUGUGUAAUAUACUCAAGGAAACCUUCCAGCGGUCAGCUGUUAAAAUGCAAAUGUUUGAAUCUGAAAGAGAGGAAACUCAUCACCUCUUCAUGGAAAAUAGUAACAGUGUUCAGAAAUCGAUUGCAGCAUUUCAGAGCCUUUGCAGUCAAGCUGAGGCUGACCAGAAGGAAAUGCAAUCAGUCAAAGAGGCCUUGCUGCAAUUUGAAGUGCUCAAAGAGAAGUAUCAGCAAGAAUACACAAUGAAAGAGCAAGAAGUGUCGGCGUUGGAAACUAAACUUAGUGAUAAAGAAAGUGAACUUGAAAUGGUGCAACGUGAACUCAGUGAUUCUCGAGAUCAAUACAAAAAGCUUCAAGAGGCAACAAAUGAACUGAAUGACACUGUAAAAAGUUCUAAAAUGGAGAUGGCAUCCCUUUGUGGAAAACUGCACUCAUCAGAGCAGCGCUGCAAAGAAAUUGAGACACAUUUGGAAGCCAUCACUGCAAUGCUGGAGGAGAGCAAAGAGGAGCAUGCAAGAGUCCUCAGAAGCAAAGAUUUAAGCUUGCAGGAUCUUUGCAGGGUAAAAAAUGAACAAGCUGAGAAGCUUGAGCAGAUUCAGACCACCCUUCUAGAGCUGCAGAAUGUGUUGGCCAUGGAGGAGCAGAGGUCUAUAAAAUUUGAGGCAAAACUGCUGGAAAACAGCAAGGAACUGGAAAGUAGUCAAUUCCUUUUAGCUGAGACCAAAGAGCAAAGUGCAAAAAAAGAUGAGCAGAUUCGAAUCCUUGCGAGUGAACUGGACAACAUCAGGGCAUCUAUGGAGUUGAUAAAGGGGAAAAGUGACGCACUUGAGGUCACAGUAAAGCAACUCCACAUUGAACUUGCAUCAAAGGCCAAAGAAGCCCAGCUCAGCAUGAAUGAAGCAAAGACUACAUUAGCUGAAAAUGAGCGACUGAGGAAAGUUUGUGAAGUUGCUGAAAAGGCAAAGGAAACUUCAGUGGAGAAGUGCAGUGUCAUGGAGAGCAAAGUACACGAGCUGAGGGAAAAAUUGAUCAAUGAAAGGAACAAAACAGAAGAGUGCAGUAUUGUAAUGGUGCAACUCCAGGAAGAACUUGCACAAAAUCAGGCCACACACGAAGAGCUGCUGUGCAACUUUAACGACAUUUGGUCUGAAAAGAAGGACAUAUCCUCUAAUGUGAAAACUAUGGAGGCAAACAUGAAGGCGAGUGAGCAGAAAGCCACCAAGCUCACAGUGGAUGUUCAGAGACUGGAGGAGGAAAACCAGCGUUUAAGAAAGGAGAUUGACUCUCUUCCAACACUAAUCAAAGGACAAUGUGAAGAAACAUUGACGACGUUGCAGAAGAAAAUGGAGGACAAUUAUCAACAUCUGCAGCAGAACUUCAAACAAGCUGAGAGGCAGGUCAAAGCUGCAGAGGCAAAGCUCUCUAAUCUCAGGAAGAAAACUGGAAUGAUUCGCCAAGUCCAAGACAAAUACCAGAACGAGAUUAAAAUGCUUAAGAAACAAGUGGCAAAAGAGAUUGGGAAAUCCAGUCAACUUGAAAAGGAGAUAAGCAGUCUGCACGAGGAAUCACAGGACCUCAAAAGACAACAUGAGGAAAAGCACCAGAAGCUACUGAAAGAUGUUGAAUCAACAUCAUCAGUAGCUGCAGACCGUGACAAUGAGAUACAAAAGCUUAGAUCAACAACAGCUGAGGCUGUCAAGAACAAAGAAGAUGCAGAACUCAAGUGUCAGCACAAGACAGCAGAGAUGCUGGCACUGAUGGAAAAACACAAAAGCCAGUAUGACCGCAUGGUAGAAGAAAAGGAUGCGGAGCUUGAUGAGACAAAGACCAGAGAGAUGAAGGCAGUUGAUUGCAGCAAAUCACUGGAGUUGAAUGUCUCCAAGCUUAAGAGUGAAAAUACUCAACUAAAGAAGCAGCUGUUGACAGAAAAGGAUAACUUUCAAAAGGAUUUAAGUGAUCUUAGGAAAGAAUUGUCAUCGCUCAAAUUCUCACAGCUGUCAGAACAAAAAAAGAAGCCAAGGGCCUUCAAUGCUAAUGAAGGGAGAUGUGUGGACACACCAAGAAGCAGCUCUUCAAGGAUAAGUGUCUUUGACUUCUCCAAGGAACUGGACUCUGGAUCCAUCAGAAAAACACAUGGCACUACAGCAAAGAACAAGGACUUGAGUACGCCAGGAAGUGCAACAAACAGAUUUGGCAGAACGUCAAAGAUCAAAACCUACAGAAUAAGGACACCCCCUAGUGCCAACAAGCUUUCAACCUGGGAAAAGACAACAAUCGAACUGGAGCCCAAGUCCGACAGCUCUGAUCAAAACAACCUGAUUUUGGCAAACACACCAGGACCUUGUAUUCCUGGCCCCCUCUCUAAACACAACAUGUUCAAACAGCUCCAGAGCCCCACUGUUCUUAAGUCUCCUGGUAACUCCCUGAAGUUAGCAGCCAUGAAGAGAAUGAGAGACGCUGGUUGGACCGCCGUUGUUGGCUGCGACAAAAAGAAGAAAAAGACUCAUGAGAAGAUCUUUGCAUGAGUAGUGCCUUUCCUGCAAUUCACUAAAACACCCUUUGUCUUAUUUUAACUGUAGUCAUCUUUUAUGACAGUACAGAACAUAGUCAAUUUUCAGUUAUGCUACAGUAUUUGUUUGACUUAGUUUAGGAGCAGUAAUACCGUAGUGGGCUAAUCUACUUGUAGUGAAGUAGUUAGACUGUAGUAAGGAUAGAAGUGUAGUAUUAAUAUAUGGAGUUUCAUAGUACUGAAAUGGGUAAUAGUAGUAGUCAUAGCGCGGUAGUUGUACUGCUGUAGUAGUAUUUAUUUUGCACAGGGUGAUAGUUUUAACUCCUUUAAGAGUUUGCACUGUUAUGGUUUCAUGUUUAAAUGCACUUCCAUUGGUUUGACAGUAAAAUGUACAAGCAAUGUUCAAA